AUGACUUCAGAAACUAAAGAGCAAUCUACCGGCGGGGAUACUACUACCUCUACCGUCCUCCGGGAGAUCCCUGUCCCGAUGUCGAAUCGCAUAGUAAGAGAACACCCAAAUAACAUCUGGUCCGUUACAGAAAAAAACACGAAAGAAACCACAUAUUAUAAGAGGACGGACGACCUACCUCCCUGGUCGACUAGCGAGGCUACUGACCGGAAGACCCGCCUGGCCAUUUGUCAAUUCUGGGGUACUACGAAUUACGAAGAUUGGUUCGGAUCCCCUGUUAGUGAUCCGUCACAACUCUAG